AUGUCCACGCCAAGUAAUACAACGGUGAAGAUAGAGUGCACUCCCGAGUCGCGAAGUUGCGUGGAGUGCGACCACUGUAGAAGAAAGUUCCUGAAGAAGAGUAACUUGGCGGAGCACCUGAAGCAACACAGACACCAAUGUCGGGAGUGCGGGAAAAGUUUCAGCUUAAAGCGCUAUCUGAGCGCCCACAUCGAGAAAACCCACCGACCGCAGAUCUUCGAGUGCAGCGUCUGCGAAUACAAGAGCAACAACAAAGGCACCCUGAAGAAUCACUUCAUCCGUCUGCACACCUCCAACUUCGACUUCUCCUGCGACACCUGCGGCAAGCAAUUCAAGAUAAAGAAGGCCCUGAAUCACCACGUCAAGCAGAACCACAGCGGGAACCCCCCGAUAGUUUGCGACGUGUGUGGCCACUUCAGCAAGAAUCUCCACGCUUUGAAGGCACACAUGAAGUACCGCCACCACAAGCCAGAGUUUGUUUGCAGGAUCUGUCGAAGGGGAAUGACGACCAAGGAGAAUCUGGAGCAGCAUCUCACUUGGCACGAAACCAGAGAGAAAGUUCUCUGCCCCACGUGUGGGAAGAGAUUUCGAGGCCGAGACUUGGACUCCCACAUGAGAGUCCACACGGGGGUGAAACCAUUCCCGUGUCCCGUGUGUGGCAAGUCCUUUAGGAGGCAGACCGCACAGGAGCAACAUGUACUGAUUCACACGGGAAAGAGACCGUAUGUAUGUGACAUUUGCGGGCAAGCAUUCGCCCAAAAGCCUGGACUCAUCUGCCACAGGAAAAGACACCCAGGCCCCUUGCCCCCGCUGCCGGUGGUGUCCAUAAAGAACAUCGUCACCGAGUUCACCAAGGAGUAUUCCAGGAAGAAUCCUUCGAUCAAGAUGGAAUAA